AUGUCUGGACUCAGAACAUACCGCAAUUAUUCAUUGCAGGACACUCCGUCUCUGGAGGGGCAGAUUGCUCUAGUCACGGGUGGUCAGGUAGGAAUUGGCAAGGAAAUUACCGCACAACUACUCCUUCAUGGCAUCGAUCAGGUCAUCGUCGUGGCCAGGAGCGAAGACUCAUUCAAAUCCGCUUACGAUGAAUGGCGAGUACGAAAGGGAAUUGGUUUGACUGAGGGCGACAACCGAGUCAUUUUCAUGCAAUGUGACCUUGGCGAUAUGCAGGAUACGGCUGCCGCAGCCAGGAGGAUCAAGCAACGGGUGGAUAAGAUUCACAUCAUGAUUUGCAAUGCAGGCCUCGGCGUCCAACCCAUCCAACAACUCAACAACGACGGCAUCGACCCCAUCUUCGCCGUAAACUGCAUCGGCCACCAAAUCCUCACAACGCUUCUCCUCCCCCAUAUCAAAAAGGCCGCUCCGACCGCCCCCCACGGCGCCCGCAUCAUCUACACCUCCUCCAGCAUGCACCAGUUCUGCAGGACCCUCAACCUCGCCGAUCUCACCCGUCCCACGGGGAUAUGGCCCAGUCUAGCAGACUGCGUGUGGCGGUACGGACGAUCAAAGGUUGGCAAUACGCUCUUCGCUAAGGAACUCAAUCGGCGCUUGCUGCUUGAGGCCGAGGAGAAGGGCGAUGAAGCGGCGAGGGAGAUCUACGUAAACUCGUACUUUCCGGGGAUUGUGAUCACGCGGCAGUGGCAGGGGUGGAGUGAGCAUAUGGGGGAUUCGGUGGGGAAGGUGAUGAGGCUGUUGGGAUGGAUUCUGGGACAGAGCGACGAGGAUGCGGCGGCGAGUGCGAUGUAUUUGGCCGCGAGUCCGAAGGUGAAGGAGAGAGAUGAGAGAGGGUUGUAUUAUAUUCCGAUUGCGACGGUGGAUCAACCGACGGCGUUGGCGCAGGACGAGGUGUUGGCGAGGAAGUUAUGGGAUUGGAUGGAUGAUCGCAUUGCGCAGCAAUUGGGACCAGAUUGGAAGGAAGAAUGA